CCUGAAGCAGGAGCUGGACAAGGAGGACAGUCGCUGCUCCCUGCUCUCCCGGCAACAUCGCUACAUCUGCUGCUGCUCUCCCUUCACCUUCCUGGUCAACUCCAUGUGCCAGUGACUGGACUGCCAGUACAACGUCUGCAAGACCUGCCACUUCUACAGCAAGAAAGACAAAUCCUGGGUCUGUUCCGUGUGCCGGAAGGGCAGAGUACAGCAAAGACCCUCACAGUGGCACUGAGGGUGGCAGAGGAGGCCAUCGACGAGACCAUCUACAAGGCAGAGGGAUACACCGACAAUCAGGAUAUGCAGAGUGAAGCUAGGUAUUUGCGGGACCACAGGGAGGAGCUGAUUGAGGAGCUGGCCACAACCAUCGUACAGACAAUCAUCCGGCGGAGGAAGAACCUGGUUGAGAUGAAGCCAAACUGUGACCUGGACUGGACCCCAGGCAACCAGAGGGGUGAAAAGCCUUUGGCUUCAAGCUGCCCCAGCUCCCAGUCCCAGAUCACCACAUCAGUCCACGCCAAGUGCUUCGGGGUUUCCCAGGACUCUCAGCAGGGACUGAAGGAGGAGGGAGGAGCGGCAGGGUUGGCCAGCUGGAAGAGUAUUGACCGCCUGGACAACUCCAGUGCGUCCUCAGUGCUGAAGAGCCCUGAUGGGAACUGGAUCGCCUUGCAGAGCACCCAGCUCUCUCGGCCCAGCCUGCUGACCAAGUGGAAGUCGCUGGUAUUCAGUGUCCUGGAGUGGGAAUUCGGUGUGAUAUCCGCCUGCAACGAAAUGGGCUCUUACGACGCCGAGGGGGCCUGGGACGCUGCCCUGCUGGAGAUACGCAGGAAGAUGACCUCCAGCGCCAACAACAACCAGGGGUCAGAGGCUCCAGACUCCCAGGCCUCUGCUGGCCAGCAACCCAGCAUCCCAUUACCCUCGCCGGGCCACCACGCCAGCACGAACACCCUCAACUUUGAGUCUGAGAGGUACUCGGAGGUGUCACUGCACAGUAUCACCACUGAGGUGCUGAAGGUGUUAAACGCAACAGAAGACCGACUCCAGGGGAUGGAGGGGGAUGACUGCAUCCCCUCACUGUCCCCCAACACUGACACGAAGAGGCUGGACAAACAACUCAGCAGACUGGAGGAUACUGUCUGUCUGUCUGUCUGUCUGUCUGUCUGUCUGUCUGUCUGUCUGUCUGUCUGUCUGUCUGUCUGUCUGUCUGUCUGUUCCUUCUUUCAACAUACAAUGCAUUCGGAAAGUAUUCAGACCCCCCAGCUUUAUUCUAAAAUUGAAAAAGUCAAGGGGUCUGAAUACUUUCCGAAUGCACUGUAUCUUACGUUCAUUGUGGGUUUAAGAAUGGUGUGUGAUGCUAACCUUUGUUCAUGUUAUACAACUGAAAUGACCACAGUCUGUCUGUGCAAACUGAACUGUGCCCACCAGGUGUACGUGGUGGCGGGCACGGCUUACGGUUUGGAGGCGGAGCUUGGCGACCUGGAGGACUGUGCCCGGGCCAUCGGCGGUGCCACCUCAGACCUGGAGCUGUCCUACCUGGAGGAGCAGGUGGCAACGGCUUCCGCCCAGGUGCAGCAGUCUGACCUCCAGGUGUCAGAAAUCGCAGACAGGAUCGCAGCUCUGAAGAUCGCAGGUCUCAAUGUGGUCCCACAGAACCGCUUCUUUAAGCUCCAAGAACAGCCUAAGCCACAAACAUUGGACUCUUCACGGCAAACGAGGAGGCGGCUACCUGCUCCACCCUUGAAGGAUAAAGAAACCUAACCCGGACUGACCGGGCAUGUUGACCACUGCCAUGACCCCGUGACUCCCCCCACACCAGUGCCUUGAGCCCCUUGUCCACGGUACCAUCAGUGUCCAGUAAGAGGGUUGCUACCCUGCCACCAAGACACUACAGAGUACAGACUAACAGUUUUACCACUACUUCUGGCACUGUGGAUAAAGACAAGAGUUGUACAUUUCUUAAUAAUGAGAGAUAGUAGCUACAUACUUUAUGUAAAUUUGAUGUAAAAACAAAGAAGAAAUGGAUUAAGUUAAGAAACAAAGCAGUUUUUAUAGAAUAUUUUUCUUAAAUAUGCUGUUAAGUGAAAUGUCAAUCAUCUCUUUGAAUUGGACAUUCCAACCAAUCAGUGACCAGAGCCAUUUUUAUAUAGCUGGAUGAGAAUGUUGUUAUGACGAUGGAGAUGUAACUCUAACAGAUGUGUGGCUAUUGUCUGAAAGGCAAGCUAUGAUUUAUACUACUGCUUGUUUUAACAUGUUUUUAACAGUUAACCUAUUUGAUAAAUAUUUAUAAAAGACACUGGUCUAUCAUUGUUGUGGGAACAAUCAUUACAUAAAAUAGACAGUUAUUGAAGUACGUGCAAAAUAACAUUCCUAAUUUCAAUAAAACAAUCAGCAGUGA